AAAACAGCAAGGAGCACUUCAUUCGGUUCUUUAAGUCUUUCGGAAGCAAAACAUCACCAUGUCCUCUACUGGAAUCGCCGUGGGCCUGACUAAGGGUUUCCCUGUCAACAAAAAGCAGGUGGCUCCUCGCCCCGCUUCCCGCAAGGGACGCGCUGGCAAGAAGACUAAACUUGUGCGCGAGAUCGUGCGUGAGGUGGUCGGAUUGAUGCCGUACGAGAAGCGCAUCCUUGACAUGAUCAAGAGUGGCGGUUCGUCGGCUGAGAAGCGUAUCUACAAGUUCUCCAAGAAGCGCCUCGGCACGCACCGUCGUGCUCUGCAGAAGCGCGAGGAGAUGAAGGCGUACUACGCCGCUCUUCGUGCUAAGGCCGCUCACCACGCUUAAGUACCAAGAACCGACAUACUUCCAGGAUUGCGGAGAUGAUGAUUUCGACUUUUUACAGGGUUGGGACGGGCACGGACACCUUCGGCAGUGGUGUGAUGUCCACUUGCCGAUUGCUUUUGUGCAGGUUAAAUAAACCAUGCUGAGGGCAGCACUGCUCUUCGCCCGUUAGCUUGGGCUGCUUCGUCUCCGUGGCUUCAUUAUUCGAAAAUAAAGGAUCGCCAAUCACUGCUUCAAGUCCUGGGCGCGUCACA